CUCGUAAAUAGAGCGGGGCCUUUGUUUAUGUAAAUGGAUAAACCACGUUGCGCGUAUUGUUGAUAUAAUAGUUAAACUUAGUGAUGUUGAUGUUCUGUCCUACCUGCGGCAACUUACUGCUGGUGGAGGAAGGCACCGAUGCGCUACGUUUUUCCUGCAACACAUGCCCUUACAUUUGUAAAAUCCGGCAAAGAAUUUCCAGCCGCAUUUACCCAAAGCUCAAGGAGGUGGACCAUGUGAUGGGUGGUUCGGCUGCCUGGGAAAACGUAGAUUCGACCGAUGCCGUAUGUCCUUCGUGCUCGCAUAACCGUGCGUACUUUAUGCAGAUGCAAACACGCUCCGCCGACGAGCCCAUGACAACGUUUUACAAGUGCUGUAAUCAAACGUGUGGCCACAAUUGGCGGGAUUAGGAACGGAAAGACAAUACACACACGAUAGUUCAACGAAAACCCGCGUUAGCCAAUGCUUUUUGCUAUUGCCCGUAGUUUAGUGUCGAGUGAAUGUGCGCGUGCUUCUCCGCUGUACAUGAUGAAACGAGCGUUAAAAUAUGAUGUAAACGAAACAUCAUCCAACAAGCAGCUUAAACUUUCUAGACUUAAGCUAGAUGUUGCCAAACAAUCCAAAGUUAUUGACACUACGCGCGCGGACGCGAAAGUGAUCGCGGUGGAAAAGCUUAGGCGCGGCGAAGUAAUUGCGAUACCAACGGAUACGGUUUACGGGCUAACAUGCAGUGCCAACAAUCCCAAAGCGAUAGGCCGGCUGUACAAUAUCAAAGGAAGGCACGAACUGAAACCCGUCGCUAUAUGUGUGGCCACGGUCGAGGACUUGCGGCAGUGGGGCGAGGCGGACCAUCUGUCGGCCGAGCUUCUGAAUGAGCUGCUGCCGGGUGCGGUAACGGUAGUGGUAAAAAGGUCAGCCAAACUGAACAAUCCGAAGCUGAAUCCCGGAGUGUCCAACAUAGGAAUACGAAUAACGGAGAAUAAUUUUAUACAGGAUGUCUGUGCAGCGUUUAACGAACCUAUCGCACUGACCAGCGCGAACAAAAGUUCCAGUCAAAGUACGCUGGAGGUAGGGGAGUUCAAAGAGCUAUGGCCCAAGCUGGGUGCGGUGUUCGACGGCGGCCAGCUAGGGUUGUCGGAAGAGCAGCGAGCAGCAUCGACGGUGAUCGAUUUGUCUGUACCGGGAUGCUAUAGGAUCAUACGCCGUGGGGUAGCGGUAGAAAAAAUCAUUAAAACAGUCGAAAGGCACAACAUCCGACUAGCGCCUUAAUCCGCUUUCUAACCGCCAUAAAAAAAAAUAAACAUAUUCCUCUGCAGCAUUGUGUUAGUGUCACUAACACGAGUAGAAAAACAUAGCGGCCUGCAUGCUCGAAGCCAUACCACACCUAACAAAUACAAUUGGAAAAACUGUUACACUGCAUGAA